CUUCCUGAUCACACCAACACACCCACCUCUCUUCUUUGCGUAGUGCGACUCGAAUCACGACCUCGAACUUGCGCAACAACCAACCCCCCAUCCAGCACUAUCUCUAGACGUUUCAUUUGGCAUAAGCCCUACGAUAACCAGGCAACUCGAACAUACUCUAACAACGAGAGCUCCAAGCGCAACCGUACGUGGCCUGUUCGCAGCCAUCUAUUCCCUCUCAGAAGCGAGCGGCAAGAACGAUCCGGGCAGUGGCCAUGGCUGGACUGCCUGACGAGCCUCGCACUUCUACUACGACGACCUCGGACGCCCAAUCACCGACGCUCGCAAACAUGGAUACUGCAAAUGAUGCAAGCAUGCCGUCAUGUGAUGAGAUUAUCGAGAUCGAUCUGGAUGGAGAUCUACUGCUUCAGACGCAACCAGACCCUAGACUCGAAGGGUGUUUUAUAUUCCGCGUGUGUUCAGCGGCGCUCCGUCGUCACUCGCCAGUCUGGGAAGCGAUGCUAUUCGGACCCUGGAAGGAAUCAAAGCCGGCAGACGACAGCAGAUGGGCGGUUGAGUUUCCCGAGGAUCCCGCGUACGAAUUCCAGAUUGUGCUCAACAUCAUACAUGGCUUCGUCGAUCGAGUGCCGUCGUAUCUUGGUAUUGACACUUUUUUCAAGCUUCUCAUCCUCGUCAACAAAUACGACAUAGCUCAUAUCAUGAAGCCUUGGCGUAGAAACUGGGAAACGCCAGCCCUAGGAACCCUUGUGGGACCUGAUGUACUCAAAGGCUUAUAUAUCGCAUGGACGCUGGGAUACGAAAGUCUUUUUAUCGCCAGACUAGCACAGAUUGCGGUUAAUACGUCGAUUGAAGAAGAUUUUCUGGUUUUCAGGGAUUCAUCUACCAAGGGUCCUGAUGGAAUUUUUGUCGGAGAUGAGGAUUAUCUUGGUCCGACGGAUGUCAUAGAUGUGAUCUUGAACAUUCGGAAAGCGGUGAUUGAAAAGAUGACUGCGCCCCUCAUUGAAGAUCUGGAAGCUCUAGUGGAUUCUACUCCCCGUUGCACCACUAGUAGUAUUUCAAACACAAGCACCAGACGCCUAUGUGAUGCUGCAGUUCUCGGAAGUAUUCAUCGCGGUAUGAUACAGCGAAGAGGUAGCAUACUUCCGAGGGAAAGCACCUGUAUCACCGAGAGCGUUGUACAUCUGGCGUCUGAAUUGUUCCUCAUGAUGGAUGAGAUCCAGACCCUUGAGUCUCAUUCUACACAGUGCUCCUUGAAAGGUAAGUACAAGAAGCACAACGUGACCCUACACGACAGCGUCACCACAAUUGCCCGAGGGCUCUUGACACCUAAGCAUCAGGCUUAUAUGGCUUCGAAAAGAUCAAAAACUGGGUUGGAAAAUCAGCCUGCGCUUAGUAGGCAACGAUACUGGUAGUUGCUUUAAUGCUUCUACCGGAAACGGAGGAAUGCCUCAUUUGGGUUUUCUUUUCUUGGAAGGAUGAGGGUACGAGACGGAGAGCUAUGGGUCAAGGAAUCCAGGGUGCAGACGGUUGAUCUUACACGGAAUACAAAUAAGCAUGUACGGGUGAUUACUGAAUGAAGGUGAGCUUGGGCAGUGAGAAAGUGACUGGUUAUGGC